AUGGCGCAGAAUCUCGAGUCCAGGCCGACGGUAGUGGACUUUCGCGAGGAUAGCCCGUGGGUUCAACUGGCCAAGACUCACUGGCUUGACGCGAAAGUGCGCAAGGCCAAACCGGAUGUCAUUCAGCAGCAAUUGUGGGGUCCUUUGGAAGCAGAAGGCUUCAGCAGUCACUCACUAUUGAUCUUGGAGAAUUUGAAUGUGCUCGAGAAGUUCCUGUGGCCAACCUACAACGAAGACGCCUCGAAUCACCAUGUGCUAUUGAUCUCUCUGAUUGUUAGCAUCAAGCAUCGCGAACACCUGCCCAUAUGGGACAUCUUCUCCGACCGCGCGGAUGAUUUCUCGAGUCUUUUCCAUCGCAUCCUCUCUAUGAGCAUUGAUCACUCCCUUCCUACUCCUUCACGCCUCUCAAUCAUCUCAUUUAUCAUUAGCGCCUUCCAGUCACUCGAAAAUGUAUUGAUCCGGAAGGAAUGCGCACCCCUCGUGUCUAUCUCGAUUUGGCACAACUUGACCAGCGAUGAAGCUAGAGACCGCAUCAUUGCAAAAGCACCUACAUUAAAAAAAGCAUGGAGAGCUGCUGCGAAACGAUACGAAGCGGGAGAUGAAGCGGCUAAAGCCAAGAUACGAUUUGAACGGUCAUGGCUGUACACAAUGCUCUUGGACUUCCUACAAAAGCUGAACGCGCCCGAGAAGGAGCUUGCAGAUAACCUGCUGUAUUGUGAACGGUUUCUUGAACUCUUGGUUGAUCUUGAGAGCCAGCUCCCCACCCGGCGCUAUGUCAACACGCUGUUGAAGGAUCUCAAUCUCCUGCCUGUCAUUCGCCUUUCGCAGUUAUAUCGCGUUCCCGAAAAUGCGCUCUUCCGCGACUUUUACAACCUUCUCAAGCACUUUGUCAACUUCGCGAUCGACGACUAUUCGGGCGAGGCGCUUUCCCCACAAGCAGUGUAUGAUCUACACUGCCAGGAGCUGGCGCAGCUGCAACGAACCUCGAUGAAGUUUUUCAAAGAAAAGCUCAUGAUCCUGGCGCUAUCGAAUCUGGGGUCAAUUGAUCAGCGGUCGGAGCUGGAAGGACAGCUAUCUUCAUUGGACGAGUCAGAGCUCCAGAGCCUAUGCUCCCAUCUCGGGUUCCGGACGAGCUAUCCCAAAUCAUCGCAGGUUCAUUCCGACCGCCAUCUCUAUUUGGAAGUGCUCAUAUCGUUUUAUGAGCGUAAGCUUCCAUUCCAAGAGGUAGCGGCACAGUUGAGCAUUGUCCCAACCGAAGAAAGCCUCUAUGACCCGGCUUUACUGAGAAACGAAACCUACGAUGGCUCGCGGCCUUUGGCAAUUCCCAAGCUGAAUCUCCAAUACUUGAGUUUGGGCGACUUUCUGUGGCGCUCAUUUCUUCUGUAUCGAUCCGAAGCUUUCUUCCAGAUUCGUAAGGAUAUGGAGGCAGUUGUCAAGCGAAUGCAGCCACGAGCGGGACGCGACGGAAGCUUGGCCUUUGAAGGGUUCUCUCGCAUGGCCAUCCCGAUUUCCAAGCCUGCUAUCAUUGAAGUUGCCCCGGCGAAGGUUGGCUCCUCGAACCCUGCUUUUGUGCGUGCCGAGAUUGCAAUUGAAGUAGGCAGAUUGGCAGACCACAUUCGAAAAGAAUGGGAGUCACUUCGUCCUGACGAUGUCGUUUAUCUGUUGGCUGUCCAGACAGCUCCCCCGACGCAACUUGGGCUGCGAGAUCGAAAUUCAUCCGAGGCCCCGCGCAUGACACAUCUUCGAACAGCGGAAGUUGUGCAAGUUCUCGACGAUCAAGGCCGUCCGUUGCGGCAGCCGGCAGCCGGUCAGACAAAUGGACAUCAUUCUCGCCCACGGGUGAGAAGAUUGCUUGUCAAUUUGGAUGCCUCUGCAUUCAAAGCCGACAAGGAUCGUCAUGCCCGAGGCAAACCGGAUGUUUAUCCCCUGAUCAACGUGAUUGUACGACGUAAAGGGAGAGAAAAUAACUUCAAGUCCAUUCUUGCGACCAUGCAGAAUCUCAUCGUUUCGGACAUGGCGCUUCCUUCCUGGCUCCAGGAUAUUUUCCUCGGAUACGGAGACCCUGCAGGUGCUCAGUAUACGCAGCUCCCCAACCGACUCCAGACGAUUGAUUUCCGAGACACGCUUUUGGACUGGCCUCAUUUGGUGGAAAGCUUCCCUGGCAUCGAGCCUUCGGGAUCCGAGACCUCUAGUUUUGGGCCGCCAUACGUUCUUGAAUAUGUCGAAAGUGAACCAGCACCGGCGCCACAUGGCCCAUCAAAGAAAAGGCGGAGAGACCAAGCGGAACAGGCUCAACAAGCGCCUAGUAGCAUGCGCGUUUCCACUUACAAGCCUCCCAACCCUGGCCCCUAUCCUGUUGACACGCCCAGGCUAAACAAAGUGCGCUUCACGCCGACGCAAGUGGAAGCAAUUGCAUCUGGGACACAGCCGGGACUGACUGUCAUUGUUGGGCCACCGGGUACUGGAAAGACAGAUGUUGCGACGCAAAUCAUCAACAACUUAUACCAUAAUUUCCCCAGUGAGCGUACGCUGCUUAUUGCCCACAGCAAUCAAGCUUUGAAUCAACUUUUCCAGAAAAUCAUCGCUCUUGACAUUGAUGAACGGCACCUCCUGCGGUUGGGUCACGGUGAAGAAGAAUUGGCGACUGAAUCCAACUACAGCAAGCAUGGCCGGGUCGAGUCCUUCCUAGACAACCGCAAUCACUACUUAUCUGAAGUCAUGCGACUAGCAGCAUCUAUCGGGGCUGAGGGCGCGCAUGGGAACUCGUGCGAAACUGCUGGAUACUUCAACACAGUCUACAUCCACCCUGCGUGGGCCAAAUUCUGGGACCAAGCAGGCGCCGAAGAUGCGUCGAACGAACAGAUUAUUGCCUCCUUCCCGUUCCACUCAUAUUUUUCUGAUGCCCCCCAACCUUUGUUCGAGUCCGACUCUGCAAGAGAAACGAUCCUGGAUACGGCCGCGGGUUGCCAACGGCACAUCGAUCGGAUCUUCUCUGAGCUCGAAGAUAUUCGACCCUUUGAGAUUUUGCGACAGCCUCGAGACAAAGCCAACUAUCUUCUUGUCAAGGAGGCCCGGGUGAUUGCCAUGACCUCAACACAUGCUGCAAUGCGCCGGCAAGAAAUCGCCGACCUUGGCUUCCAUUACGACAAUGUAGUCAUGGAAGAGGCUGCGCAGAUCACGGAAAUCGAGAGUUUCAUUCCCAACGCUCUUCAAAACAUGAAAAACGGCGAACUGCCGCUGAAGCGGGUUGUUCUCUGUGGAGACCACUAUCAAAACUCGCCCAUCAUCCAGAAUCUCGCUUUCCGCCAAUAUGCCCAUUUCGAGCAGAGCUUGUUCCUGCGUCUGGCGCGACUGGGCGUCCCGGUGAUCACUCUCGACAUGCAAGGCCGAGCGAGACCGAGCAUUGCCGAGCUGUUCCGGUGGCGCUAUAAGGAGCUUGGAGACCUUCCUGUGGUUGAAACUGCCCAAGAGUUCACGCAGGCCAAUGCCGGUUUUCAGUUCGACUAUCAGUUCAUCAACGUGCCCGACUACCAGGGCACGGGUGAGCGAGAGCCUACGCCCCAUUUCAUACAGAAUUUGGGUGAGGCAGAGUACGCAGUGGCUCUGUAUCAGUACAUGCGGCUACUCGGUUACCCAGCGUCGAAGAUCACUAUUCUCGCCACCUAUGCCGGCCAGACUGCUCUGGUCCGAGAUGUCCUGAAUCACCGAUGUGCGAAGAACACCCUGUUUGGCCUACCCAAGAUCAUCACGACCGUGGACAGAUACCAGGGAGAGCAGAAUGAUUAUGUUAUUCUUUCCCUCACCCGCACCCGCACAGUCGGCUACUUGCGUGACGUCCGUCGUUUGACCGUAGCCCUGUCUCGUGCCCGUCUAGGAUUGUACAUCCUCGGCCGCCGCGAGGUUUUUGAGUCAUGCUAUGAGCUCAAACCCGCCUUCGACCGUCUGCUUCAGCGUCCAGACAAGCUGAUGCUGGCGCCGGGUGAGAUGUUCCCCACCACACGGGCUCUGGAUGCCCCCAUCGAAGGCACCCCCAUGGAAGGAGUCGAGCAUCUUGGUCAAUACGUCUUCGAAAUAACCCAGGCCAAGGUCAAGACCAUGGGUGAUGGCGAUAUUACGAUUGACGAUCCCAUGCUGGACGGCGAUGAGGAGGUCUUGGACGAGGAUGAGGUUAUGUUGGGUGCCGAUGAGGAUACAGCUGAGAACAUUGUAUGA